AUGGACACAACCGGCCUGUCUAUCGCCGGCAGCAUGGGGUUGGGUGACCUCGGGACUUUUGGGAAUCAGGAAUGGAGGUUAUCGAAGCCUAUCAUCGGCUUCAACAUCCCUCUCGAGAGCGCGAUCCAGGUCGCGCCUGACCAGUAUUAUAAGUCAAGCGACCUUGAGCUUAUAGCUGGCGGCGAGUUCCUCACGAUUCACGAGUACGUCUCUGCUGUACACCUGUGGCUUAUAGGCAUGCGUGAGAUGCCCUUGGACGCCUUAGGCAAACUGGCUGAUGGGCCGCUGGUCAUUCUGUACUUCAGCCGUGGCCCGCUACGUAUCGAUACUGGGGACAAGGGGGCUCACUGGCGCCAGAAGCAUAAGCCUGAGGUUUGGUUAAGCGAGGCUGAGAAAGAGACUGGAAGCACGCAAAGCAAGUCUUGGAGAGGGCGCUGGCGAGGUCUGCGGCACCAGCUCGCGAGUUGGAAAGGCUCCGCCAAGGGAGCAAUUGAGAUGGGCUGGUUGAUCUGA